GUGACGUGCAAAUGCAUUUUUCACUCGCGCUGAUUCUCAACAGCGGCUGGCCUCAUCUUUGUCGCUGAACCUGUCCGCCCAAGACAGCAUUAGACCAACCACAUAUAGACCAACAUUGCCAAACUGAAGAACCCUUUCAUAGCAGCUAUGCCGCCUCCUAUUCGUCAUCGUUCAAUGCGCAUCUUCGUCAAUGAUGACCGCCACGUGAUGGCCAAGCACUCGGCCAUCUAUCCCACCCAAGAGGAGCUGGAGGGGGUGCAGAAUAUGGUGUCCCACACCGAACGGGCUCUCAAGGCUGUCUCCGAUUGGCUGGAUGAGCAGGAGAAGGGAACUCCCAAAACAAACACCGUGGAUGCUGAUGAAGACGAAGAGAAAGAGACUGAACCCAAAUCUUUGGAUCAGCCCACCCGUUCUCUGCGUGGAGUAAUGCGCGUUGGGCUGGUCGCUAAAGGUCUCCUUCUGAAGGGAGAUGUUGACCUGGAGCUCGUGCUGUUGUGCAAAGACAAGCCCUCCAUCAACCUGCUGAAGAAGGUUGCAGAUAAUCUAGAUGUGCAACUUAAGCUCAUCACCGAGGAGAAAUACGAUGUCAAGCCAUACGUCCACGAUGCCACCAUUGUCAUCAAGAACUCCAAAGAACCACCGCUGACAUUGACCAUUCACCUGACGUCACCCCUCGUAAGAGAGGAGCUGGAGAAGCAAGCAGCAGGAGAAACGCAAUCAGUCAACGAUCCCCCGGAUGUUCUGGACAGGCAGAAAUGCCUGACUGCAUUGGCGUCUCUCCGCCACGCCAAGUGGUUCCAGGCCAGGGCUAAUGGACUGCGCUCCUGCGUGAUCGUCAUCCGUAUAUUGAGGGACUUGUGCGCUCGAGUUCCCACCUGGGCUCCUCUCAGUGGAUGGCCCUUAGAGCUGCUGUGCGAGAAAGCGAUUGGAACCGGAAACCGGCCAAUGGGAGCCGGGGAAGCUCUUCGUAGAGUUCUGGAAUGUCUUGGAUCCGGAAUCCUCAUGGCAGGUCAGAAUGGUGCAGGCAUCUGUGACCCUUGUGAAAAGGAACUGACCGAUGCCAUUGGUCACAUGGACAGCCAGCAACGAGAGGACAUUACACAGAGUGCUCAGCAUGCCUUGAGGCUUUCUGCUUUCGGACAGUUGCACAAAGUGCUUGGAAUGGACCCGCUCCCCUCGAAAAUGCCCAGAAAACCAAGGAGCGAAACCAUUAUAGACUACACAGUUCAGAUCCCACCCAGCGUGACCUACGUACCCCCCAUGAAACGCCCCAUAGAGGAGGAGAUGUCAGACGAGAAGAAUCAAAACAAAAAGAAAAAGAAAUUGCAGAAGAAAUCUCCAGACGAGAAGGCUGAACCUUCACUGGCCAUGAACGCCCUGAUGCGUCUGAACCAGCUGAAGCCAGGGCUGCUUUAUAAGCUCAUCUCUCAGACCGGUCCCGUUCACGUGCCGGUCUUCACCAUGUCUGUGGACGUGGACGGGAAGACCUUCGAAGCCUCGGGCCCCUCCAAACGCGCCGCCAAGCUACACGUAGCUGUCAAAGUUUUGCAAGAUAUGGGUCUGCCCACGGGUGUGGAGCAGAAGGUUGCUGAACCGGUGAAACAAGAGGAACCGCAGGUGACCACAGAGCAACCAGAGACCGAGCCACCACCAGUGACCCAAAUGGAGCAAGAACCAGAACCAACCAAUACAGAGAACAGUAGUGAUGAGAGCGCUCGGCAGCAGGGUCCUAUCCUCACCAAACACGGAAAGAAUCCGGUGAUGGAGCUGAACGAGAAACGCAGAGGACUGAAGUACGAGCUCAUCUCUGAAACGGGAGGAAGCCACGACAAACGCUUCGUCAUGGAGGUGGAAAUCGACGGACAGAAGUUUGAAGGUAGCGGUUCUAAUAAAAAGGUGGCGAAGGCUUAUGCUGCAUUAGCGGCCCUGGAGAAGCUCUUUCCAGAAGGCUCCAACUCGGAAGCAAAUAAGAAAAAGAAAAUGGCUCCAAUGCACACUGGUUUUGGGAUGAUGAGUGGGCCACCCGCUGACCUGGCAGCCAAUCCCCGGGGCCGAGGAAGAGGACGUGGCAGGGGGCGGGGUAGAGGAUUUAACAACGGUGGUGGAUUUAACCAAGGUGGAUAUGGAGCAUAUGGCUAUGGGGGCAAUGCUAACUCUGGCUACAAUUUCUAUAAUAACGGCGGUUCUAACGGUGGAUCAGGUGGUUCGGGUCCCGGAGCGACGGGACCAGGCACAAACGCAUCUUCUGGAGCACCAGCGGGACCGGCUGGCUUCAGUUCAUAUUACCAGAACGAUGGAGGCUACUCGUCCCCUGCUUCAACACCCAAAGUAGCUCCCAAGAAGCCGCCCAUGCUCCAGAACACGAGGACUCCAGGAGCUCCCGGAACGGGUCAGGGAGGGUCCUUCGGUCAGUUCGGCCAGGGCUUCGGACAGGCCAAGAAAAACUUUGGCCAAUCUCAAGGCGGAGGUGGAAACUUCAACUACAGCACGGCUUAUCCGUCGCAGGUGACCGGAGGGCAGGACUACGGCUAUGAAGGUUACAGCAACCAAUCAAGCUUUGGUUCACAGCAGGGUGGUUCAAACCAGAAUUUCGGUGGUAACGCCGGCCCGUACAACAGUGGAUCAGCGGGAUACGGUCGAGGAGAUGGCAGUAUGAACUACCAGUACAGAUAAAACUGACCGUCGUGCGAUGGGUGGCGAUUGAGCGUCGACCCUUGUCUCGCUUUUCAUUCUAGAGUUCGCAAUCUUUGGCUCCAAUCACCAUCAGACCACCUUGGACUUUAAGGAAAACAAAUGGCAGUGUCUUUCAACUUUGUGCAGAAUAGUGUAUUUCUAGGUUUCUUUAAGUUUGAGUUCUUUCAACCUGUAAACUCCCCCAAACUGCUGUCCGAAGCAAAGCAUGUGAAGACCUGCUGUUAGAUAUUCCGCUGCGACAUCCACACCUGAUUUUAACCAUUCUGACUUGUAAAAAUGUGUUAGUCUCGAGCUGUAAAUCUUUCGUUUUUUUGUUUUUUUCUUUCCUCCAGCUGACCAGCAACAUUUCAUUACCGUGAUUGUUGGCUAUUCAUUUAAAGUAAGAAUGCACAUGUGAUGUUAUGUUUUAAGUGGUUGUGAUUGUGAAGGUUGUCGUGUGUCAGGUCGUUGUAGCGUUCGGCUUUUUUUGGAGACGGGGGACCUUUUUAUUUUUUGCUGAACAAUGUUGAAGAAUGAGUGGUGUUUGUAAUAAAGGAUUUUAUUUUGGAGGA